UUCCGCUACUCCUCUAUCACAGAAGGACCCCUCCUGCCCUCCUAGGUAUUACGCAGGUCUAAAAUAAGAUAACGUUAACAUUUGUUAUCGAUUAGAUCAAUUAGUAGAGGAAAUACAUUAAUAUGUCGGCCGUCUCUCCAUUCCUCGACCCUGGUCCUCGGACUACACCAAAUUCAUUGGCUGUAGCUCAUCUUUCAAGAGAUAGCAUUCAGCCCAUUUACUUAAAAGAGGUUUCCGGCGCAACUGACGGAUACGUCGAAGGCCCGGUUUUAAAUACGCGCUUUGGAUCGUUUCCACAUUCAACUUUACUCAAUAAGCCUUGGGGUUCGCAAAUACGUGCCUCGGUUGUAGACACCGGUUCUAGAGGUAGAAGGCUGAAACUCGAACGCGGAGAACAUGGCGCAGAAGGCGACAAGUUAGACAACAUUAAAGAGGACUCUACCCUAGCUACUACAAGCCCUGAAGAUCUCAAGACAGCACCAAGUGGUUUCAUUCACAUACUACCUCCUACUCCUGAGUUAUGGACCAUCAGUUUACCGCAUCGAACUCAAGUAGUAUACACACCUGACUACAGCUACAUUCUUCACCGGAUCCGCGCGCGACCCGGUAUGAAAAUAAUAGAAGCCGGAGCAGGGAGUGGCAGUUUUACCCACGCUUCCGCCAGGGCUGUUUAUAACGGCUACCCCAAGGAUGCACACGACACCAAGGGCAAAGUUUUCAGUUUUGAGUUUAACCACGACCGAUUUCUAAAAAUGCAAAAAGAAAUCGAGGAUCAUCGCUUAGAUGGGAUCGUUCAGAUUACCCACAGAGAUGUCUAUAACGACGGUUUUCUCGUUGACAAUGAAAGUCCAGGGGCCGAAUGUGUCUUUCUAGACCUUCCAGCACCGUGGAAAGCUCUUCCCCAUCUAGCAAGAAGCAGACCAACACAAUCCCAACUUUCAAGUUGCGGACUGGAUAAUCUUGAAGACACUGGAUCUGAAUGGAAAUCACCGCUUCGUCCUGAUCGAACUGCCUACCUUUGCACUUUCUCCCCUUGUAUCGAACAGGUUACUAGGACCAUUGAUGUCAUGCGCCGCCUGGGUUGGAUGGAAAUCGAAAUGGUUGAAGUCGCGCAUAGAAGGAUAAAUGUUAUGAGAGAGAGGAUUGGUUUACACCUGCCUGCGGGGGAACGAGGUUCGAGCCAGACAGCAGCAAAUGUUGAAGAGGCUGUCGCCAAGUUACAGGAGGUCGAAGGUCGAUACAAAACUUCUCGCGAUCAAUCUUGCGACAUUGAUGUCGAGAUGGGCGAAGAUGACGAGAUAGCGGCUGAGAGUAGUCAUAAAAACGACAGCAAGACAUCUCUACUGAACAAUGGGGCUGAAAGCGCUCAGACGGCUAAACCCUGGAUGUCUGGAAGGAUAAUUCAUCGCACAGAACCGGAGAUCAAGACACAUACUUCGUAUCUCGUUUUCGCGCUGCUACCGCAGGAAUGGACAGAGGCACAGGAAGCAGCGGCUUUCGAAAGUUGGCCAUGCGGCAAGGAAAGCAAAGUCAUCGGAAAAUUAGAUAAGGAGGCACGGAAACAGCAGAAGCGAGAACUACUCCAGGGAAAGAAGCGGAAGAAGGAUACUGAUAGCAGGUCCGAAGCUGAGCGCCCCUUUUCAAAGAAGAGCAAGACUCCAUAGAUGGAAACGCCUACUCAAGAUAGACAAAGCAUAUGAUACCCCGACCUUUAUGGCCACCUAAUUAAUCGGAUACGGAUUCCUUCCUGUCUUAAAGUCCUCAUAAACUUUACACUCUACUGACUACCU